AUGGCAUCGGGGUCAGGUGCCCAUAAGAGUAAUGUUAAGGGCCUGGAUCUGUCUGUAGACUGGGAACUUGUGACCUCCAAUGGACCAUCCCUGGCAUUUCAUGUAGGCUGUGCCCUUGGUAAUGGCAUUUACAUACAUGGAGGCAUAGAGACGAAGGAUGGAAAACAGCCUUCGGACAAACUUUUUCGUUACAAUUCUAGUUCGCAAUCUUGGCAAGAAGUCCAUGCUGCAGGAAGUCCUGCUCUUAGUCACCAUGCAUGUGUACCAUUGGCUGGUAGAUACAUGCUUCUAAUUGGAGGUUGGGAUGGAAAGUCAAGGACAGCCAAGGUCGUGGCCUUUGAUUCAGAAAAGCAACAAUGGCUGCCACAGGAGACGAGUGGAUUUCCUGGGGAUGCAGGGCUAAGUUCACACACAGCUACUCUUUUGGCUUCUGGGGAGAUCAUUAUUUUUGGACGAGAAGGCAGUUUACGUAUGCAACGACGUCAUGGAAAUAGCUACAUAUUAAGUGGUAGUGUACAGUCAGGUCAUUUUACCUUUAAAGAAUUUACAAAUGCUGCAGCUUCAAGAUCAGGUCAUACUUCAAACAUCAUCGGAAAUAAACUGUAUGUGGUUGGGGGAAGAGAAAAUAAUCUUAUAGAAAUUCAUGACAGAUUGAAAAGUGGAGAAAGUGACAACCAAACAAUAACAACCAAACUAUUAAGCAUAGCAGAAAAGGUAACACCAAUGUCUAAACUACCUGGCGGUAGAAAAAACCAUAUCACCAUUAACGGUACAGGUGUUCUGUUCUUCCAUGGUGGUGACACCUUCGAUGGGAGGAGUCGUGAAUCUGUCGGGGAAAUGUUCCUCAUAACAUUAAAACCCACAAUGCAGUUCUACAAACUAGGAGAAAGUAGAGUAAGACGGUCUGGACAUAUUUGCUGUAUUAUCGGUGACAAGGUGAUUCUGCAUGGUGGACUAGGUGGGAAAAAUAACAGUCAUGUUUACAGUGACACUUUCUCUCUGGAGUUUAAAUAG